AGUAGCUGAGAAUAUGAUAAAAGCAUGUAGAAAUGCAGAAAAUGGUAUUCAUAUCCUUUUUUUCUGGGGGAAGACCCCCAGAUAACCCGCUUUAUUGUGCCCGCCACUUUUCAAACUAAUGUUAUGCUCUUGGGUAAGUUAAAUGAACAAACAUGGCGAGCCACGAAGAUUCCAAGAGGCAUCUGUCUCAAAAGUAAGGUUAAAAAAAAAGUAUCAAAAUCUAUCUUGACGCUUUCGCUGUGCGCGCUCCCGCGAGGUGAUUCAACUUCUCGGCAGGCACGCGCCAAUAUAAACACCGGAUGGCAAGGGCUACAAGCUACAAGGCUAACGCCAUGUGACAUGCCUGCCGGAUCACGUGAUCGAUCUAUGUCUUCCUGGCUGCCGUCAACUUUUCCACCAGCAAAUCCCAAACAAACGAACAUGGCGGACUACGAAGAGCGGCGGAGCCUGCUGGGAGAUGAGGACGAGGGGUCGCUCACCGACAGACAGACAGCCAGAGGACCCGGCAGACCGAUGCCGGCCAUCUGCGACCCCAGCCACCUCCUGCACCGAGUGAUUGUCCUGGUAUUCAUGUGCUUCUUGGGAUUCGGAAGCUACUUUUGUUAUGACAACCCGGCUGCACUUCAAACUCAAGUCAUCCAGGAUCUGAACCUGAACACUGCAGAGUUCAUGCAGCUGUAUGCCUGGUACUCUUGGCCCAAUGUGGUUCUCUGCUUCUUUGGGGGAUUCCUGCUUGACAGGGUUUUUGGCAUCAGGCUGGGAACCAUCAUCUUUUCCCUCUUUGUCUGUGUCGGACAGGUAAUAUUUGCUGUUGGAGCUUUGGUGAAUCAUUUCUGGCUGAUGGAAGUUGGACGUUUCGUAUUUGGUAUUGGAGGAGAGUCCUUGGCUGUGGCCCAGAACACCUAUGCAGUCAACUGGUUCAAAGGAAAGGAGCUCAAUCUGGUGUUUGGCCUUCAGCUGAGCAUGGCUCGAGUGGGCAGCACAGUGAACAUGAACAUCAUGGGCUGGGUGUACAGCAAAGUCGCAGCCCUUGUUGGCUCUCCUGGACACACCGCGCUUGGCGCAUCACUCAUGAUAGCUUCUGUUACCUGCCUCUUUUCACUAAUCUGUGCCUUGGUGUUGGGAUUCCUUGACAAAAGAGCUGAGAAGAUCCUCCACAAAGAAGAAGGCAAAACAGGUGAGGUGAUCAAGCUGACAGACGUGAAAGACUUCCCCUUCACCCUGUGGCUCAUCUUCAUCAUUUGUGUGGGCUACUAUGUUGCCAUUUUCCCCUUUAUUGGACUGGGACAGGUGUUCUUCAUUGAAAAAUUCAACUUCUCCCCAGCUGAAGCCAGAGCGGUCAACAGUAUUGUGUACAUCAUCUCAGCCCCUGCAUCUCCAGUUCUGGGCUUUAUUGUUGAUAAGACUGGGAGGAAUGUGGUUUGGGUAAUAAUUGCUGUGGUCGCCACACUCGCUGCUCACAUGAUGCUGGCCUUCACCUUCUGGAACCCAUGGAUCGCCAUGUCCCUGCUGGGUGUCUCCUACUCCUUACUGGCUUGUGCACUGUGGCCCAUGGUGGCCUUCGUAGUACCUGAGCAUCAGCUGGGGACGGCCUAUGGCUUCAUGCAGUCGAUCCAGAACCUGGGACUUGCUCUCAUUGCCAUGGCAGCAGGAUCCAUCCUAGACACCAGAGGAUACCUGGUUUUGGAAGUGUUUUUCUGCGCCUGCAUCUGCAUUGCACUGAUGGCAGUGGUGAUGCUGUACUUUGUGGAUUAUCUCAGAGGAGGAGAUUUGAACCGGUCAGCCGCAGCCAGAGCGAAACUUCAGAAAGAAGCCACUUCCGCCGCAGAAUGAUGAUGAUGCUGAUGGAACACACAUAGCCCUGGGCUUCAGAGCCAGCAGGCUGCACUGUCCACCCCAGACCUGUCAAUCAAACGCCAUGGGGCGGGACUACGCUACUGACUCCGCCCAGUGCUGUCAUCUGUGGCUCUUCCCACCAGAACUGACUGUCUGGCCCUGGCUAUUACAUAAGCAACUCUGUAUUAAUAGCUUAUUAUGUCCUUAUCAGGACACUGACAAAUGACACAUCUCAGUUUGGACUCCAUAGUUACUCUUUGACUUCUCAUACUGACUUCAUCUCCUCCAAUAUUCGCCCUCCACUGACUCUUGUGUGUCAAACUUCAGCAUGACGUUUUGUAAGUUACAGAACAAAGUUAAGUUGCUUGCAAAGUAUUUUAAACAUUUUAAAUGUUCAGCAGAAGAUGAGACUCUUAUCAUGUGAAACUCACAAUAUAGGAUUCCUAUAUUAAUUCAAUUAUUUUAUAUGUAUUGUAUAUAGGGUUAACUUUGUGGAUGUUUCUUUUUACAAAUUGUUUUCAGCAGGAUUCUGUUACUUGCCUUAUUGCAGACAACUCAGCAGUUAAUUUAUGUACAUAUCAUUUGUCAGCAUUCACAUUAAUUGCCAACCAGAGUCUUCCUUACUGGAUUCUCCUUAGGCAGAGGGAGUUCAUAUUCAAUUUUAAUCAUAUGCGUCAUUGACCUUUUAUGGUGGAUGAUCUCAAAAAGAGCAUAACUCUUGAUUGUUUAAAUCUUUAUUGCCCAAUACUUUUAUAUCUUAAUUACUUUAUCUGCUCUUCACUGGUUUUGGUGGUUCAUAAAAAUGUAUUUUCUGUUGCAUCAUCAAAUAGUACACUACUACAAUAAGAAAGAUAAGAAAAAGAGAGAGGCACACUUUUUUCAAUGCAUUUUACCCAUGUAAUGAUAUUCACAAUUGAAUUUUUUUACCAGAAUCAGGUCCACAUAUAAAUUAUGUUUUGUAGGCUGUGUUUUGCUCGUUUAUCACGCGCAGGUAAUUAAUUUGUUGGAAGCACUGCCCCAAAUUGUUGCUUGCUUCAUCUGAACGAUGAGAAAAAAUAUUCAUGCACUCUGUUUAACUCUCACCAUUCCAGUAAUGGGGAAAGAGAUUUGUUUCCCUGUGUUGCUAUCAGGGUUGGAGACUGGAUGAAAAACAUUCACUACCUCAGAUGGGCAAAUAAGUCAUCAGAAUGUUAAGAGUAACAUAACACCCUCUGAAAAUCUUGUUUUUUCUGACCUCCUAUAGUUAACUUGUCAUUUUGCUGCAGUGAUGUACAGCUGUACUCUAGGGUGUGUCAGUACACUGUGACAACACCUAUCAGUGAUGCUACAUGUUGUCAGAGGUGAAACAGAGAGGGCAGUGAAACACUGCUUUUCAACCAGUUACUUUAAGGAAACCAGUUACUUUAAGGAAAAAGCCCAACAUGUAGGAAGACGGUCAGUAGCAUUGAAGUUGAAAUGUUGUGAUUGCACGUUAAAAUGACCACAGUGUUAUACAGGCAGAAACAUGCUGCUCUCCUCACCUGUCACUCAUUUGCACUAUGGUGUUGUGACAGCAGUGCAGUCUUUGCUAAACUGAGAAUAUUUGUGUUAAACUGCCAAGUGCUGACUGUUAUUGAGCUGUGUACAAGAAAUUUAUGAUUGAGAAAUUACAGAAGAUCCACUGUACAAUCAAAGGUGGUGAGAUUGGAAGGAAAGUCACUUAAAAAAUCUCUUUUUGUACAACCAAGUCACAUUUGACACCAGAUUGUUCAUGGAACAAUGACAUUUAAUUAAAACCAAAUUUUUGAAAGCA